CGCCGCUUUGUUUGUCCUCUUCAGACAAAGCUGGAGGAUAGAGAGAAAAUGGAGCGCGUUUGGCUGUGGAGGAUUUUAAUCAUCCUGUUGCAAGUUUAUGAUUUGUGUUUGGUUUCUGCAUCAGGGAAAGGUUGGGAGACGAUUAGAGAGAGGAUUUCUGGCGCUGUUAAAGGGUACACACCGUGCAACCCUGUCAACUGCAGCUGCCAUCUAAAUGUCUUGCAAAGUGACUUGCAGCCCUUUAAAGGGGGAAUCUCUGAGGAUGUCAUGGCUGCGACUGUUCAAAGAGGGGUGGGCACCCACUACCAGAUCAUUGGACACAAGUUGUACAGAGAUCACAACUGUAUGUUUCCUGCCAGGUGCAGUGGGGUGGAGCAUUUCAUCCUGGAGGUGAUUGACAGGUUACCUGACUUGGAGAUGGUGGUAAAUGUCAGAGAUUACCCUCAAGUCCCCAACUGGGUGCAGCCAACCCUGCCUGUCUUCUCUUUUAGUAAGACGGCAGACUACCACGACAUCAUGUACCCUGCAUGGACGUUUUGGGAAGGUGGGCCUGCUGUGUGGCCCAUAUACCCCACAGGACUGGGAAGAUGGGAUCUGAUGAGGGAUGAUCUUGAAAAGUCUGCAGCACAGUGGCCAUGGAAGAAGAAAGAGUCCAGAGGAUUCUUCAGAGGAUCCAGAACCAGUCCGGAGCGCGACCCUCUGAUUCUUCUGUCCAGAGAAGCUGCAGAGCUGGUGGACGCAGAGUACACAAAAAACCAGGCCUGGAAGUCUGAGAGGGACACACUAGGGAGACCCCCAGCCAAGGAAAUCCCACUGGUCGAUCACUGCAAAUACAAAUAUUUAUUCAACUUCCGAGGCGUGGCAGCCAGCUUCCGUUUCAAACAUCUCUUCCUCUGUGGAUCCCUGGUGUUUCAUGUGGGGGAUGAAUGGCAGGAGUUUUUUUACCCUGAGCUCAAGCCCUGGGUCCACUAUAUCCCAGUCAAGCAGGAUCUGUCUGAUGUCAGGGAACUACUACAGUUUGUCAAAGAGAAUGAUGCCGUUGCACAGGAGAUCGCCACAAGGGGUAAGGAUUUCAUCCUCGACCACCUGCGGAUGCAAGAUAUUUCCUGCUACUGGGAGAGAUUGCUCACCGAGUUUAGCAAUCUCCUCACCUACAAACCCAAAAGAAGGGAGAACUACAACCAGAUUGUCCAUAGACCCAGCAAGACAGAGCUUUAGGAGCGAGACUCUGCAGGACCAGGACAUCGGUAAUAAAGGGAAACGCUACGUAAUGAAUGUAAUCACUAAACUGCAACAUAUGAUUUCCUCACAACAAGCAAUGUUACAUAUCGAUGUUGCCGUUUGUCAAAGUCACGCCACCGUUCGUUUUUCUAAUCUAAAGUCCAAAACUUUGUCCAGAUACUUUUUACGUCUAUUGAGUUUAAGUCUUAAAGUGGAGCGCGGUUACAGGAGUUAGUAACAGGGCACAUAGCUUAGUAUUACACAGUCAUAGAUGUAGUUUGGUAUCUUGACUGUGGAUGCUGCCAAACCUUCAGCUGUCACUAAGGGGGCAUAUAUGCCAAUUUGGAGUCAUUGAUCACUUUCUGGUUCAAUUAGUUUAUUUGCUUCUUAAAAUUCUCCCCCUUUUCAUGGCUGCUGUCUGUCACCAGCCAAGUAACCUCUACGUGAGCUGUGUUUUUAGACCCUGGUGAUGUCAUGUGAUGUAAUCAGGUCUUGCAACGUCACAUCUGGACCACUUGCAAAAAAGCUGCUGAAAAAUUAAACAUGGACUUUUUUUUUUUUUACAUGCAUUUGUAUUUUAACGUUAACUUCACAGUAAAGUGUGAUGUUGACUUUUGACAGCUGCUUAAAUAUACACAAAUGAUGUACCAAUAAUAAUACUAGUUACGGAUGCCGUACUGUUGCGUUGGAAGGAUUUCCUGAGAACUACAGAGUUGUAAUACAUGCAAUGCUUACUUGAAAUUUCUUUAGAGGCCUUUUUCUUUGGAGAAAAAUAUGGAAAAUAUGCUACACAUGAACCUUGAUCUAAUUGUUCGUGUCCAUACCUACCUAUUAAUAUACAUAAAAGUAAUGGCCAAAAGUGAUAGCUGCUUAGUAUAUAGUAAAUGUUAAAAGUGCCCUCAGUGCAUCACUAAUACAGAUUAUUAUAGGCUGGUAGCAGUUUUGUGUUAGUUUGUUUUAUUGUGCCAUGGACAGUGAAGCUGAACUCAAGCUUACACAGGACAUCAGCUUUGCGUCACUGCCCUCUACUGGACUAGUGAAGGAACUCAUGUAGACAUUUACCAAGUUUCAUCACAACAUGCAGAUAUUGUUUGAUUUACUUGUUUAUUGUGACAGUGUUGUCUUAGUCUUCAUUUCUUCUGCCAUAAGUUUAAUUACAUGAAAGCACAAUAAUUAUUGAGUGAACAUUAUUCAUUCCACACUAAGUGCCAACAGUAAGCAAUAACGACUUUCGAGUAAUUAGAUUUACUUUGAUGUUUGGAGUUUACAAGAAACACUCGUGUUUAGUAGUUUUUACCUUUUUUAAAGAAGAAUUUGUCUUGGUGUUAAAAGGUGAUGUAGCGUUGAUACGGGAUAAUGUUGAAUAUGUUGUAGUAUUCACAUUGUACGAUGAACAAGCAGGUGAAGAUGGUCCAUUAGUAUGUUGAUUUGACCAAAACGCUGUGAUCAUGUGCCUGUUCAAAGUGUGAUGUUCAGGUUGUCGCCAAUAAACAGUCUGGUUCUUGA